AUGGAUGUGGUGUGCACAGGUAAACUCGGUGCGCACUGUUCACUUCGGACGCUCGCAUUGGCGUUGCAUAUUGAAAUCAAACAGUCCAUUGUCGACUUCAUCGACAAACUGCUCCGAUCGGACAAAUUCGACAAGCCCUCGAGCAAAAUUGCAGAGAAGGCCGUCGAGAGGAGCAACGAGAUGCACAACGUCGCAAACAGUACAAAAGACGAUACAAUC